AUGACAUCUAAUGACUCAAAUGAUAAGAGGACAUUAUCUUUGAUCCAAAAUUUGGAAAACCAAUGUUCAGAUUUUAAAAUAUCCCCUAAUUUAAUAAAAGCUUUGGCAGGAUUUACAGCUGCAAUAACUUUUGGUUUUGGAAUAAAAUCAGCUCGGACAGCAUUUGCUUCAAAGGCACUUGCUACAGCAACAAUAUUAACUGUAUCUGGAUUCUCAUUAUUUUUAUUAGGUGUUUCAUUUGCCUUAGAUGUAAAUACACCAAAACAAUUUGGCACUAGAAUGAAAAAUUUAUUUGGUGAUUCUCUUAAAAUUUCAAAAUCAAAUCCCGACUCAAAAGUUUAUAAUAGUUUGACGGAGUUAUUUGAAGAGGUUUCUUCAAAACCAAAUACUGACUCAAAAAAUUGUGAUAAUUUAAAAGAGAUUAUUGAAGAAGUUUCUUCAAAAAAAGAUAGUUAG